CUUUCCAUAGCGACAUGAGGACGGAUCAUCUCUCUUGCACACAAGUUUAAAACCAAGAUGGACAACACCAGCUCUGAGGACGAUGCCAACACAACCCUUCAGAUUGAUCCACAGUCCUGCGCCAUGUUGAGGAAUGAGGCAUUUCGUGUUGUUCUUUAUGGAUUCUUCUUCAUCGCUAUCAUGUGCACAGUGGUGGGCAACUUCCUUGUCGUCGUAUCAGUUGCCUACUUCAAGCAGCUGCAGUCACCCACUAACUUCUUUGUCAUGUCCCUGGCUGUGGCGGACUGUCUGGUGGGCCUGGUCGUGAUGCCCUACAGUAUGAUCCGCACUGUAGAAGGUUGCUGGUACUUUGGUGCCCUCUUUUGUCAGCUUCACUCGAGCCUCGAUGUCAUGCUCUGCACCGCCUCCAUAUUUCAUCUGAGUUGCAUCGCGUUUGAUCGCUAUUAUGCUGUUUGCAAUCCGCUAGUUUACUCUUUAAAAAUGUCCCAGAGUCGAGUAGCUUUCCUUAUUGUGAUAUGUUGGGCUGUUCCCAUGCUAAUCUCAUUUGGUCCCAUUAUGCUAGGCCUCCAUAUUAUUGGUGUGGACAUCGCUCUCCCUCAAGAUGUAUGCGUAUUCUUAGUCAAUCGCAUCUAUGCUGUAAUGGCAUCCUUGAUAGCCUUCUACUUGCCCAUGGCUAUCAUGUUGGUUGCCUACUGGAAGAUAUUCAAAGCGGCCAAACGACAAGCAAGGCAAAUCAGCGCCAUGGAAAGCCAGAUGGCCGCAGGUGUAGGGAAGGAUUCCAGCAAGAAAAAAAAACACCGCAACACGAUGAAGAGGGAGCGUAAGGCAGCAAAAACCUUGGGUAUCAUCAUGGGAGUCUUCCUCAUCUUCUGGAUGCCCUUUUUUACUGUCAACAUUGUGGACCCCUUUAUUGAUUACAGCACAGAAGUGAUCAUCUGGGACAUAUUUUUAUGGCUGGGAUAUAUUAAUUCAUCUCUAAAUCCUUUCCUGUACGGUUUCUUUAAUCGCUCUUUCAGGAAGGCAUUCCUCAUGAUUAUGGGCUUUAGGAUAUGCCGACCUGGAAUCUCCCCUGGGAUGGAACUAUCACACACCAGGAAAGAAGCAAAUGACAGUGCAGAUAAACAAUAA